ACAUGAUUGUGGUUUCAGCUGCCCUGCAGCCACGGACGGCACAUUGCAAAAUCACAUGAGUCAACAAGUAGCCGCGGCCUAUAUCUCUCAUCGUCUCCUCUCCUGCUCAUCAUCAUGCACUCAGGCCUUAUGUUUCAUUGUCCAAGUUGCUGCGCACCCCGGUGCAUCUAUCGUUAAUACAACCUGGUGUGUGAGAGCGAGCCUUUUGGCUGUGCAAUCUUCAGUUCAGACGCCGGGCAUCCCGCUCCAAUGCCGGUUAUAUCUCAACACUCCAAACUGAGUGGCUGGCACAUUCUCGUUGAAACUAGAUUUAAGCUUUAGGCUUCUGAUCAACCUCCGGUCCAUUUGCCCACGCUCAACGCAUUACUUGUUCCUGCAGCCAACAACAAUCAUGGCCUCCUCGUCGCAUAUUGUGCGGCCAGUAGGCACCACUGCUCUUUGGAACACGGCACGUCACAGUUUGGGACUCUAUCGCUGUGUGAUCAACACUUCACGGUACAUCAUACCGCAUCCGCCAAGCACGAGCCUCGAGCUGCAGAUGGCAGUGCAGAAUGCCCUGGCAAUUGUGGUCAAAAAGCACGGCAUACUGCGUGUUGGCAUUGUCGGCGAGCAUUCAAAGAUGCCGUCCUUUGUGCAUAUACCCCGCCUGGAACUUGACCAUAUGAUACAAUGGGUUGAGAACAAUAUUUCCCCUGAGGGAGACGAGGAAAGUCCGACGUCGAUCAAUCAUCUGUUGCGGCUGCUGGAACGACAGCAUGACCAGCUCUGGCAACAGCUUGAUAUACAGCCCGGAUGGAAGCUUCUAGUCCAGGAGAACAGACGGAAAAACGUUCCAGUUUCCCUGGACAUCUCAUUAUGUUUCCACCAUGCAUAUAUGGAUGGCAAGAGCAGCUACAUUUUCCAUCAAGACCUUCUUGAAGCGCUGAACGAGCUCCCUGCCCCACAGGAAGCUGUGGCUCGAUUCCCGGUUGUUCUCGAGUUCCCGAGUGCACCGGUGCUCCCAGAAGUCGCCGAGACGCUGAUCCCGUUCAAGACAUCGUUCUGGUUUAUCAUCAGAACAGUGUGGGAAGAAAUCAUUCGAGAUGCAUUGUGUCCGACAUGGGUACGGGGAGCGCCACCCCCAGAUACGAUACCCUGGACAGGGAGUCUGAUGAAACCAGACAACCACAAGGCGCACCUGCGCUACGUCCGGAUAUCAGAGGACGGCCUCAAGACGAUACUCAGCGCCUGCCGGGAAAGGAGGGUCACGUUGACUGCGUUGCUGUAUGCUCUCGUCGCUGCGUCGCUGUCUGCUCACCUCCCGGCUGCAGAGGCACCCUGUUUCACUGGCAGCUGUCCGAUUUCGCUGAGCAGAUAUGCCAAGCCACCUUUUGACCCUCAGACGACGCUGCACUGCCUGGUCACGUCGUGCGCGCAUACGCUCGAGCCGCGAUUGAUCGCUGCCCUCAGGAGAUCGAUGCGCCGACCAGCCUCGGAUGGCGAAGAUGCUGAUGGCAUCAUGUGGGAGAUCUCGAGCGCCUUUUCACAAGUGCUUCGGGACAAGGUGGCCCAGCUUCCGCAAGACGACAUUGUGGCACUCACGUCGUGGAUACCCGACUGGCACCAGUUCUUCACUGCCAAGUUUGGCAAGAAGCGAGACGAUACUUUUGAGAUAAGCAACCUGGGGAGCAUGGGCGCGGAGGCGGCGGGGCAUUCAGGUGGUGGGGGGAGAACGGGUGCAACUCUGGGAGAUGACCGUGGACGCUGGUAUAUUGAUCGCGCAAUCUUCUCUCAGGGCGCCAUGCCUGUUGGCUCGGCCUUUGCCUUGAACGUCGCGGGUAUCGAGGGCCAAGGCGUCACCAUCACGGUGAACUGGCAGGAGGCCGCCGUCGAGGCGGGUCUGAUGGACAAGGUUGUGGAGGACCUGCAGAGAUGGGUCGAUCAGUUCCCCAAGACGGGACGGUUCAUCGAUGCGCUAGAGUCGUGAUGUACAUGCAGAUUAGGCACAGCCAGAGGGAUCUAUUUAUGUCUGAGCAAAAGGCAUUCCAGUCGGUUGAGGAGCUGUUUCAAGUGACGCCAGUACACACAGCAUUGGCAUGUGCAGUGGACAAGCGCGUGUCUGACUCUGCUGGCAAUGUGGUGAGCCAAGCACAAACAAGGUGGGUGGCGUAUUGACUGGUUCC